ACUUUCCAAGUGAAUCUCUUUCUUUCAGCAGUAAACUCCGUCUGACAUUGCCUCGUGACGGACAUUAAUCACAAGCCUUCCCUCAACCCGUGGAAAUCAGCCGACCAGAAUAGCUUCAGUACCGGUGCUGAGCUCUUGUUGGGACGUUAGAUUGAUAUUGCACCAAUUUCGCUCAUUUAGUGAGGUCUCUGCUGGUUCAGUGAUCUCCUAGCCAUCUCCAGUAUGGCGGCUCUACACACAACCAUCAUGCUGUUUCUCGCGCACGUUCUACUGCUUUUAGGACUGCCUGCUGGGCUGGUCAACGCCGUGCCCGUGGGUCAAGAUACCGAUGUCACCUCAUACAUAACCCCCAGAGCGGCGUCAGGCUACUGGGUUGGAACUAUCAAACGCCAGGGUGCUGUGGCUUUUGGAAACGGCACGGACUACCAGAUAUAUCGUAACGUGAAGGACUUCGGAGCUAAAGGGGAUGGGUCGACGGAUGACACAAAUGCGAUCAACCAGGCAAUUUCGUCUGGGAACCGCUGUGGAAAUGGUUGCGACUCAUCUACCGUCACCCCGGCCUUGGUAUACUUCCCACCUGGUACUUACGUGGUCUCCAAGCCUAUUAUUCAGUACUACUACACCCAAAUUGUGGGCGAUGCUUUGAAUCUCCCUGUGAUCAAGGCGGCUGCGAGCUUUGCUGGUAUGGCAGUGAUUGAUGCCGAUCCGUAUAACAACGAUGGCAGCAACUGGUACACCAACCAGAACAACUUCUUCCGCGCCGUUCGCAAUCUUGUCAUCGAUUUGACCGCAAUGCCUCAAGGGUCGGGAGCUGGUAUUCACUGGCAGGUGGGCCAAGCGACUAGCUUGCAGAAUAUCCGCUUCGAGAUGGUGAAGGGCGGUGGUGAUGCGAACAAGCAGCAGGGUAUCUUCAUGGACAACGGCUCCGGUGGUUUCAUGUCUGACUUGACUUUCAACGGCGGUAACUACGGCAUGUUCAUCGGAAACCAACAAUUCACCACCCGGAACUUGACUUUCAAUGACUGCAACACUGCCAUCUUCAUGAACUGGAACUGGGCGUGGACGUUCAAGUCGCUUUCCAUCAACAACUGUGAAGUUGGCCUGAAUAUGUCCAACGCGCCCCAGAACCAGACCGUCGGCUCUGUUUUGAUUCUCGAUAGUCAACUUACAAACACUCCCACUGGCGUUGUUACCGCUUUCGCCGAGAAGAGUAUUCCCAUUGGCGGUGGUGUCCUCAUCCUAGACAACGUAGACUUCAGUGGCUCCAAGGUGGCAGUCGCGGGCAUCACCGGAAACACUAUUCUAGCGGGCGGCUCCAUUGUAUCAAACUGGGUUCAGGGCAACGGUUAUAUUCCGAGCCAGGCGAAGAAGAAGCGUGCCCCACCGAUGGAGGUGAUCACCGAAACAGUUACGGAGACCAUCAAGGUCUGCACUGCAGGCCACACGAAGGGCUUGUCCACGACCGCAACAGCUGCUCCUUCACUGUCAGGAGAUUCUCGUCCACUGCCGAGCACUCUCGGAGGGAUUCUGCCAAUUCCUCCAGUCUCAUCGAGUCUCCCACCCUUCGGCUCUGUUUCGCUCCCCGGGUCCCAGUCGUCCACAACCCAGGCCGCUGAGCCCACUGGUGCGCCCUCAGCCCCCGCUGACGCAGAACCAUCUACUGCUGUUGUGCCAAACCCACAGCCUCCCACUCCCGUCCAGUCGCAGCCACAGGCUCCUGCUGGAUCAACCGUGGCUGGAUCCCUCACUCCUGCCGGACCCUCCCCAACCGUGCACUCAUCCUCUUCCGUGGUUGUCGGCGGUUCCAGCUCGUCUUCGGCCGCUCAUGGAGCAGACCACCACUGCUCUAGCAAAACGGUCACAAAGACUCGUCUCCAAACUGCUCUCCCUACCCACGCCAAACCUAGCUCCCUGACCACCGGUGGCAAGGUUUUCGAGCGCUCCAAGCCCCUAUAUGACAGCUAUGUGUCCUCAUCAUUCGUCAGCGUCAAAUCCGCCGGCGCCAAGGGAGACGGUUCGACCGACGACACAGCAGCGAUCCAAAAAGUGCUCGACAGCGCCACCGCAGACCAAAUCGUCUACUUCGACCACGGCUCCUAUAUCAUCACUGACACAAUCAAGGUACCCAAGAAUGUCAAGAUCACCGGUGAAGUAUGGCCUGUCCUGAUGGCCCACGGCGCCAAGUUCGCCGAUGAGGAAAACCCCAUCCCCAUGCUGCAAGUGGGCCAAGUCGGUGAGACGGGCUCCGUCGAAAUCACCGACCUCGCCCUGCAAACCAAGGGCCCAGCCCCCGGCGCUAUCCUCAUGCAGUGGAACCUGGCGGAAGAUUCUCAGGGCUCAGCCGCCAUGUGGGACGUCCAUUUCCGUAUUGGCGGGUCAGCAGGAACCGAGCUGCAGAGCGACAGAUGCGCAAAGACCCCCAAGGAGACCACCAAGCCUAACGCCGAGUGCAUUGCAUCCUUCAUGCUCCUACAUAUCACCGAGAAGGCCAGUGCCUACAUCGAGAACUCCUGGUUCUGGACCGCAGACCACGAGCUCGACCUGCCCGACCACAACCAGAUCAACAUCUACAAUGGCCGUGGCGUCUAUGUCGAAAGCCAAGGCCCCGUCUGGCUUUACGGUACCGCGUCCGAGCACAACCAGCUCUACAAUUACCAGGUCACAAACGCCAAGAACGUCUUCAUGGGCCUCAUCCAAACUGAAACCCCUUACUAUCAGGCCAACCCCAAUGCGCUCACCCCCUUCACCCCGCAGACCAAGUGGAACGACCCCGACUUCUCCUACUGCAAGACCGACGGCUGCCGCAAGGCCUGGGGUCUGCGCGUUAUGAACACCUCCGACCUGUACGUCUACGGCGCAGGCCUCUACAGCUUCUUCGAGAACUAUGGCCAGACCUGUCUGGAUACCGAGUCGUGCCAGGAGAACAUGGUCGAAGUCGAUUGUUCCGACGUCCACAUCUACGGUCUGAGCACUAAGGCCAGCACAAACAUGAUCACCUCGUCCAGUGGCGUUGGCCUUGUCCCGCAGGAUGAGAACAAGAGUAACUUCUGCUCGACCAUCGCGCUGUUCGAACAGUCAUGAUCUGAUGUUCAUUCAUGGUGGUGAUGUUUCCCGUUUCUUUUUGCGUUUACCUUGGCAUGACAGCCCCCAACCCCGGUUGCUUUCUAUCGGAGCGGACUAAAGUAAAUCUUGGACUGGGCUGACGUGAUUCAAUGUACUUGGGUUGUUUUGUAUGAGUCACGACUACGAUAGAGGGACUUGGGAUAUGGAGGCAAUUGCUCCUUUCUUCUUUUUGUUUCUUUUCUGUGG